GCAGGUGAAGGAGACCCUCAGACUGGCACCAUGACAGAGUGCUUCAACUGUGACAACUGCAAGGAGUCCUUGUAUGGGCGCAAGUACAUCCAGAUGGACAAUGGCCCCUACUGCAUCCCCUGCUACGACGCACACUUUGCCAACACCUGCAACGAGUGCAAAGAGCUGAUUGGCCACGACUGCAGAGAGUUGUACUACGAGGACCGCCACUACCAUGAGCACUGCUUCCGCUGCUUCCGCUGCGACCGCUCCCUGGCCGAUGAGCCCUUCACCUGCCAGGGCCAGGAGCUGCUCUGCAACGACUGCUACUGCAGCGAGUUCUCUUCCAAAUGCGUUGCCUGUGACAAGACAGUCAUGCCAGGGUCCCGUAAGCUGGAGUACAAUGGGCAGACCUGGCACGAGCACUGCUUCAUAUGCAGCAGCUGCCAGCAGCCCAUCGGGUCUCAGUCCUUCAUCCCAGACAAGAAGGAUUAUUACUGUGUCCCCUGCUAUGAGAGCAAGUUCGCUCCGCGCUGCACUCGCUGCAAAAAGACCCUGACCAAGGGAGGAGUGACUUACCGGGAUGAGCCCUGGCACAAGGAGUGCUUCGUCUGCACAGGCUGCAAGACCCCCCUGGCUGGCCAGCAGUUCACCUCCCAGGAUGAUAACCCAUACUGUGUCAAGUGCUUUGGGAACCUCUAUGCCAAGAAGUGCAGUGCUUGCACAAAGCCCAUCACAGGCUUUGGCGGUGGUAAAUACGUCUCCUUUGAGGACCGUCACUGGCACCACAACUGCUUUAACUGCGCCCGCUGCAACACCUCGCUGGUGGGGAAAGGCUUCAUCCCCGACAACGAGGAGAUCCUCUGCCGCGACUGCAGCAGCGACCUAUGAGCCCCCCCGGGCACCGUGGGGCAGGGGCUUUCUCUGUUCUUCAGGUCUUUGUGCCAGACACCCAACAACAUUUCAGGGGCAGGGCACAAGGCGCAGGAGAUGGGGGCUGCCCCUGAACCGCAGUGUCGGGGGUCCCUGUGCUGCUCCCUGAAGGCUAGAGGAUGCUACACUAUGGCUCUGUGCGGAGCCAAAGCUGAAUAAAGUUGAAAAAGGAGCUUUAAGACACACCCCCUUCCCCUCCCCCCCCAAAUUAUUUACUCUUUCCUUUUGCUUCCUGUCUGAUAGAGCACGAGCAGGGCCCCAGCUGAACAAAGGGCAGCAGCGCUGGGCGGCUGGAUCUGCACAUUGGCAGCAUCUUCCUGCUCUGUAGCACAGUGCUGACUUCUUGCCCCUGUGUGCUUCCCUUGCUCUGUGUGAUAGAAGGCAGCAGCUCCUGGUUGUGUGGCUUGGCUGUGCUGGCCUGCAGAGCAGAUGACUUUGCAGCACAGCCUUCCUGUAUUCGUGGCCGGCCUGUGGUAACCUGGGCAUGAAGGGCACUCUCUGGCCUGUUUGGGAAGUCUGGGAACAGCAGGCUGGAGUGUGGCCAGGAGAAGAGCAUGUGUCCUACCAGAUGGGAUCUAUCUCCAGAUUUUUGUUGCCACUUUGCUGUUUGCAGGCCAAACCCUUUGCUCUGCAUGUCUCUGUGGAUGAGGAGCUCAGUUCAUGCACAGAUGGCUGUUGGCCUGCUAAUGGUCCCUCCUGUGUGUGAAGGGUGGAUGUGCCUGGUGAAGCCCUAGAGAGGGGCAUGCUGAAGGCUGAGAGCACCAAGGCCUUUGCUCCUCCUCCAUCACUCUCAUGGGGGGCUGCCUCCCUGAGCCCAGCUACCAUUGGCACCAGUAACUCACCAGACCUCCUCUUAACUCAGGCAUGGGAGCUCGUCCUGUGGGAUGUGGGAUGGGAAGGUUAGCAGAGUACAGGGCUCCAGCAAAAACAUCAGUUGAGGGGGCAGUUGGGGUGCCCACAGCUUGCUCCUGCCAGGGCUGAGUGUACCUGCUGCCAGCAGCUGCCCCCAGCCACACUCAUCCCUUGCUGUGUCCCAAAUGAGAACCAAAGCAAAGGUGGCACUCAGGCUGCCCUGAGGAAGGGCUUUGCAUCUACCAGCUCCCUGCAUUGGGCCUAAUGUUGCAAAGCAGGACAUCUUGAGCCGUCCCAGGCUCACACAAGGGCUUGAGCCCUCCUUGCCUGAUGCUGAGCUGGCCCUGAGGCCCCUCUGCAGUGGGGUGCUCAUGCCUGCUUUGUCUCUGCAUCCUUUCACUUCUCUCUUGCUGGGGCACAUAUGCUGACUCUGCUUUCCUGCUCAGACACCCACGUGCUUUCUGAAAGCAUCUUGUGUUUCUUUUGUACUUGUCAUAAAAUCUGUCAUUUUGUAACCAACUGCAGGAUGAUGAAGGGGCUCCCCCUCUUACCCCGCCCCCCUCCCCCCCAGCUUUACUUAAGAACAGAGAAUGUUAUGCAUGUUGAAGUGUUAUUGACUCUGUAUGCAGAUCCUGGUUGAACCCUCAUUUGAAAGCUUUGAUGCAGGCAAAUCAGAGUUUGUGUGUUUGCUGUUCUGAGGAGCUUGGACCAGUCUCUAGAAGGAAAGUGUCCUAAACCUCAGCCCCCUCUGUAUUUCCUACGGUUUUAUAUAAUAA